AUGCUUCGGCGCUCAAUCAGAUUUAGUGUGGGUGUCGGAUCUCUCUUUGAUUUGGCCUGUUUAAACAAAGCUUUGGCUGAAACAGCUGCUGAUUUUGGGGGCAAUGUUGGGGCUAUAACUGGUGUACGUCGUAAGCCUUCUCAUCAGGUUGAUGCUGGGGAUGAGUAUGGUGAAAAUGAGAGUUUUGGUUCUAGUGGGAGACAGAGUGAAUCUCUCCUCGAUGAGAUUGUCAGACGUGAUUCUCUCCCAAACAUGCCGAAAAAGAUGGCCAAAAAAAUCUUACGAAAACAACAAAACAAAUAUUUGUCUAGAGGACAUCGAAUUGAUCAAUGGUCAUUUUUCCUCUUCCCAUUGGCCUUUUCUUUUUUUAAUGUGUUGUAUUGGGCUUAUUAUUUGGGCAGACGAAGGCAUGAAUAA